CUCACUCUCAGCAUACUGCUGUCUGGUUAAACCUCAUAACCAUCCUUUGUCUCCUCUGCACAGCCCCGAGUGACCAAGCAUGUCUGCCGUCUGUCUGAAGCUCAUAACCAUCCUGUGUCUCUCCUGCACUGUCCUGAGCGGCCCAGGGGGCAGUGGAGUGGUAUGGAUAGAUUUUGGAGGAGCCGUCACCAUCCAGUGCAGACCUUCUGAAACAGGCCAGGAGUUCCUGGCUGUGCAGAAGGGUCUCAGUGAGGACAGUCGAAUCUUGUUCAUAGAUGGCAGCUCUCAAAAAAAGACUUUUCACAAAGACUUCAUGGGCAGAAUUCAGUCAAAUGGAGAAUUCCCCAACAUGGAUAUCCUCAUCAAAAACUUGACCACUGAGGACACAGGACCAUACUGGUGUGUGUACAAGAAGUUUGACGUGAAUUCCGGGCAAACCAUAAGCACAAAAGGCACAGGGUCCAUGCUCCUGGUGGUGACAGAUACAGUGAAGCCGUGUGACUCCUCAACCAACUAUCUGCUCCUGGUGUCUGUUGUGAUCAGUGCUGCUGUGCUGCUGGGCAUCUUCAUAUGCUUCCUCAUAUGGCUCAUCAAGACCAAGACUUUGUGCACCACAGAGAAACCGCGGCACGUCCCCAACAAUGAUGUUUAUGAGGACAUGCGUGGAACAAUCAGACGCUAAAGAUGUCAGUCUGCAAGCAAGCAACCUGAAACUCCACAGUGUGUGCACCGCUGAGGCACAAGUGAUGCACGAGAAGCAAUUCUGCAACUUCAGCAUGUUCUUGAACAUCUCUUCAGGCCUUGUGUGUCUGGGUGAAAGAACAUUAAGACAUUACGGUCCAUGAAUUGUCCCCAGGUACAACACGGGAACACGCGCAAUGCCAGUGAACAGACUGGCACAAUGUAUUAAAAUCCUUUAUAUAACUCUGUUUGAAUGUAGUAGGGAGGCUCAAAUGUCAUAGUUUGUCUUGUCUUUCAUUGCAUCAGACAGACAUCAGAACUGGAUUGUCCUCUGACAUGAUCCUGACAUACAUUUUUAAUGUAAAUAUUUUAAUUUCCAUUUCUUCUGUACAAAGUGAUGAUUAUUUUGUAGAAACAGCAGGUUUAACUUGACUCCCAUAAAAUAUAUCUACAAUGUUUUGUUAUAUAAUAACUGUAAUUUCAUGUCUACAUAAAUAA